GUCGUGUCCAAGUCAAACCCGAGUCAACAAGUCGUCUCACUUUCCUCUCUCUCUCUCUCGUCUCACUACUUAACUCCUCGAAUACUCAACGGAUAAAAUUGAGACUGGAUAAAAACCGGAUUUACUUACGCACAAAAUUUUACCAAAGUGUGUUAAGUUAAAUACAUGUACAUUUCGAUAAUUUAUGUACUUUUGCAAAGUUUACAUUUUCACACAAUUUUGUGAAUUUCCUGGGUGAAAGCAAGUGCAUAUUUCAUGAUAUUUCUUCAGUGCACAUUGGUCGGAUUUUGAUCGUCACCACCUUAUUGCUUUCAAUUCGGGUUUGAAACCAAAAGAAAAGGAAUGAGCAACUUCUCUGAAUAAGAAAUGAUGGAUCUUUCCACCCGUUCCUCACUAGAAAUCGGGCACAAUCUCAACUUUACCGAACUUCUGGACACGGCUGCUGCUGAAGCUGCUGCGGAUGAUUUCGAACGUGCAGCCCAACUUCACAUCGCUGCUGCGGAAUACGCGUGCAAUGUCACGAAUGAGUUGACAUCUUACAACAACGCUUCAGGGACCUACUGCCCCAGAACGUUUGAUGGCUGGUCAUGUUGGAAUGAGACCCCGACAGGUGUAACUGCAUUCGCCCCUUGUCCCUGGUUUAUCUCAGGGUUUGAUCCGAACUUACAAGCCCACAAAGAGUGCCUGGAGGACGGAUCUUGGUUUCGCCAUCCAGAGUCCAAUGUUACAUGGUCCAAUUACACAAACUGCGUCAACUAUGCAGAAUAUCAGCGUUACAAAAACGUGGUGACAAUAUACGAGGUUGGUUAUCUCGUCUCUCUGUGUGCUCUCGUCAUAUCUCUCAUCAUUUUCUUCUCAUUUCGCUCACUGCAAUGCACUCGAGUCCGUAUUCACAAGCAUCUCUUCUUCUCCUUCAUCAUGAACAACUCUCUCUGGCUCAUUUGGUACAGGUUCGUCGUAAACGAGUCAAAACCCGUAAACGAACUAAAUCAGAUGGGGUGCGCCUUUCUCCACCUCUUUGUCCACUACUUUCUCGUGGCCAACUACUUCUGGAUGUUCGUGGAGGGCUUUUUCCUGCACACUCUGCUCGUGUAUGCUUUCACCAGGGCAGAGUCCACCAUGAUGAAAGGCUUUUACGCGUUCGGAUGGGUCGGACCGUCCAUUCCACUCACGCUCUACGCCGUCUUUCGCUCCAGGGACGAGGACCACAACGAACAAAAAGACUGCUGGAUCAACGAGUCCAAGUGGACGCUGUUCCUCUCCGUCCCCGUUUGCAUCUGUCUCAUCGUGAGCCUCGCCUUCCUCAUCAACAUUCUCCGCGUCCUCCUCAUCAAGCUUAACGCCAAUCGAAGGACCUUGUCGACCAAUAAUCGAAGAGAAUCCUCCGUGGCCGAAAAUACGGCUUCGUUACGCAAGGAAGGUGAUCUUUGCGAAGAUGAGGAUGGAGACUUUAUUGUAGUCACGACGAAGGGUUGUUCUCUCCUGGGACCUUGUUGCCUGAGUUGUGGAGCGGAUUCCAACCACAAAUUCCGUCGAACUGUAUGGUUAACAAUUAAACAGGCAGCCAAGGCGUCGCUCAUCUUGAUCCCGCUGCUUGGAAUUAACUACUUCCUGACUCCGUUCAAACCAGAUCCAGAGUCGGAUUGGGCCAUUUACUACGAGUACAUUGCUGCAAUCUCAUCGUCUCUACAGGGGUUAGCAGUGUCGCUGCUAUUUUGUUUCUGCAACAGUGAAGUAAUUGCAGCCUUGAGGAGGAAAUUUGCUCAUCCCGACAAAGUCAGUCGAGCCGGUGAUUACUCGUAUGGCAGGACCACAACGAGAAAGUUGGAUUGUCAUUCCACUGCAGACAAUGGUGGUCAUUAGACAUCCCAACGAGAUGGUGAACGAAGUUGUCAGGCCGUUGUCGCUGAAAAAGACCAACUACUCCAAUCCGGAGACUGGGGAAGCAGAAGAGGUUCAGGUUUAAAAGAUACGAAUUAUUAGGAUCAUCAAGAAUUUGGAGCUUCUAAACGAUUGGGACAACUUAUUUACAAUGUUAGUAUCGUCUCAUAAGAAACACAAACGAUCUAACUCUGCCAUAUCUCAAAUGGUUUGAAAGAAUUCACGAAAUGUACGAAUUUAUGUACUAAAAAAAUACUUGUGUGAAUCCAAUAAAACAUAUUUUAUUACAUCAUUACGAAUUCACAUUUCUGAUUUCAAGUAUUAAACUAAUCUAACGUUUAAACAGUUUGUUUUUAUAAUUUUGUAUUGUGAUUAAAAUUUGACUCUUAUUGGGAUUGACCUCGAGACAACAUUUUACUCGUGAAACUGUUAACUGACAUGAUUUUUAAUUGAAUAAAGAAUACUCAUGUUAAAUUUUGUAUGUACGUUGAUAAU